AUGUCGGCCGACCUGUCGUUCGGGUCUGUGCCGCCCUAUUAUCGUGAAGUUUACGAAAUAUUGUGUCCGCAUGGAGAACAGGUGAACGAAGACUUGUUUGUACAACUUUUGUUAAAAUCAAAUUUGCCAAGACAGACUAUUUCGCAGAUCUGGGAUAUAGUGGACAAUAAACAGGGAUCAGUGUCUAGAACAGGACUAUACAAGGCUUUGGCUUUAACAGCAUUAGCCCAACAAGGAAAAUCAGUCAACGAAAAACUUCUGGAAACAUUUUCAGGACAAGAGCUUCCAAAACCUAGUUUAGGAGACCUAGGAGACCUACGAGCUACUAGUGUAAAGAUGAGACGGUCCAAAACCCCCACCGUGUUGGGAUUUACAUUCCGAGAGUUGUGUGAGUUAGAUACUGUGAAAGUGGAACUGGUUCCAGAGAAAAAGGGCCUCAUCUUAAAACAUGUUGAAUAUGAAGUAACUAGCCAGAAUUGUAAGGCAACCGUCCUCAGAAGAUACAACGACUUUGUGUCCUUUUAUGAGCUGUUAAUGACACGAUUCCCAUACAGAAUGAUCCCUAGUCUUCCGCCUAAAAAAAUGAUGGGAGCCAGCAGAGAGUUUAUUGAACAAAGAAGAAAAUCACUGAGAAGAUUUUUAAACUUAAUUGCCCGGCAUCCACAGAUUUAUGAUGACAAAUUAGUCUUGUUCUUCUUUACCUUCAAUGGAUCGGAUAUGCAACACAAGAUAAAAGAAGCCUUCCGAGGAAUCCCUGAUGAAUUUAUGACCAGUAAUUUAGCUAGUCAGGCCAAGGACCUGGUUCCUAUGGAUACACAGAUCCAGCUUGGCAACAGUAAAGAGCAUAUACGCAUACUGAGUAACAGUGUCUCUAAGCUGAAGGACAUCGCAGAGAGAAUGGUGAUGAGAGCAACCAGCUAUGCUUGUGAUAUGUUACAGUUUGGACAGGAAUUAAGUUCAUUGAGCAAUGACUCAACAUCUGUGACAACAUGGGCUACAGGUUCCAAUGACUCAUGGGAAAGUUUAAAGAAAGGGUUUAAACACCUGUCUGUAGAGUAUGCCAGUCUAGGAGACAAAGCUUCUCAAGAGGCUGCAGAUGAAGCAGAGAGAGUGGUAGAAAAAUUAGCGCUCUUUCAGGAUUUACUUUUGUCAUACAAGGAACUCUGUGAGAGACAUGAAAAAGGUGUACUUCAUGAUCAUCAGAGGGCCAUCCAAAAGAUGGGUCAAUACAAGAAAAAGAAGAUGUCAGCCACCGUAGGAACAUCCGAGGUAGGAGCAGUUGAACAGCUGGAGCAGAAAAUACUACAACAAGAAAGUCAGAUUGCCAACAUGGAAAAUAGGAACUAUUACAGUCUACAUUGUCUGCAAAUGGAGACUCAGCUAAUUUAUGCAAACGUGGAGAUACUCUAUGAUGUUCUUGGUGCAAUGGCUGAAACACAGGCAAAAUCACACACAGAGCUCAGCAGAGUAUGGAAUGAGAUUCGACCUAUCAUAGAGAAUGUUAUAGGCAAAGAAAUAUCCUCACGGACUUCUCCAGUUGGUACACCAUUAAACAACAACCACGCAGGCAUUACCUUAUGAAAACAAGCAAUACUUGUGUGAAAUGUUUCCUAGACUGUAUCAAAUUAUGAGGGGGCAGUGUAUCCAGCCAAGCAAUACCGAGCCCCUACAUCUCUCAAGGUCACCCUGGAUCACUGUGAUCUUACAACUCCAUUUCAAAUCCAUCCUUAGUAAUGAACAGAAGUGAUGGUGUCUGUGUGUGAAAAGACAAACGAUGUGUUAAGCCUAAUGUCUCAAUGUGAUCCCUACAGGUCAUUGAUGUUAUGUCCUCAUUCUGUUUAAAACAUUACAUAUGUCUCUGCUGCCUUGUUAAGAUGAGAUUUAAUAAACUCAGUUGAUGGAGCGUGGUCAGUAGGGAUUAUCGGGCUGGCCAGGGUUACCAUUAUACAUAAUGUAUGUACAGUAGAAAACCUGACACUACAGACUGUCACUAGCUCAGCCCAUUAUCGACCCAUGGUCUACCAUUAAAGCAUUGAACUGUCUUGAUAAAAGCUUUUUUUUUUUUUUGUGAAUGAUUAUGCUUAACAGGCAAACUGUUUGGUAAAACAAAAUGGUAAGUUUACCUGCAGAGCAUUUAGAAGGGAUAUAAAUGCCGUAUCAAGACAGAUCAGUAAUUGCUUACUUUAUAUUUCCUGUACUUUUUCGCAGUUUUGUACAUCCUAGGACAAUUUUAACUAAAAUCAGUUGGUUACUACUGACUUUUGUAUUGUCAGUGCACUGACACCAUCUCUAUAGAUAUAAUUAUGACAUGAUGAUAGUAACAGGAGUAAUGGAAUCAGUUCCACUCACCCUCCUGUAUCAAUACACAAACUGGCUAGUCAGACAUAAGUCCAUCCCUUGUGAGUAGUCAUUGGCAUGUGAAUUAUUUCCAUAAGUAGCAUGUCCAUGUUAAGAUUACCAGCUUCACCCAUUUUAUAUAUCCCCAGUAAUCAGAGAACUUUUCUGACAAAUGUGCAUGUUUUUUUUUUUUUUUUUUUUGGCUUUUACCUUUUUUUUUAAUUUUUUUCUCAUUUGAACUUUAUUUUCCAUAAAUGACCUGUUUUUUCCUUUGUGACACUGUUGCUUCUAUCCAGAGAGCUGUUAUUGGAUGCAUGCAUUGUUAAUGCAGAUUUAAUUAUCAUUUUCAUUUUCUUUUGCAUUUGCAUGUUGUAAAAUUUUAUACUGUUGUAAUGUUAGAAAAAUUUGAAACAAAGCUUAACUUAUAAGUAUAAUGAUUUUCUAUGUCAGGACUUCACUGUACUUACAUAGUGAGGUUUGUGUUUAUUAUAUACUGUGGGCCAGCCACAUAGCUCAUUUAUUUGUAGCAUAUGUUCUUGAUAAUGCAAUGAAUUAGAAUAUUAAUGAACAUAGAAAUUAAUGUGAGAAUGGCCAGAGUAUGUUAUAACACAAAUGCAUAUAAUUGGACAAUCCAACAAUUUAUGAAAGAACUGAAGAUAUGUUUCUGAUGAAAAACUGUUCCAUUUUUUAAAUAUACCUGGUGACAAACUUUUAAACUCCUAGGAUCCUUGUUAUUAUCUACUGCUCUGUUAAUCUAAGAACUGAUGUUUUUUUCAUCACUUCAGUGAAAGCCAAAUUAUUUUACAUGAAAAUUCAUUAUUGCUUAAUUCCUUCACAAGAAAAGUUUAAAAUACAUUUUGAGAUGGAGAUAACUGUUAUUUGACAAAGAUAUCCUAAAUAGCAUGGAUUUUAUGCCAGUGACUAAUUCAUGCCACGAGAUGGCAUGGCAAAUUGUGUUGAAUUUUCGUAGAAAGGGUAACAUCCCCUGAAUCAGGUGCGACAUACAUAGGAUUGCUGUAAGUUCAGACACCUUUAAAAAUAGAAGCUGACACAGCUUCAGUGAAGCAACACAUUUUCCUAUCAUAAGGAAUUGUUAAUCAGAGUGCAUGGUCUACAUAUAAACCUGUUUUCAUUUGUUUGAGCAAGACAUUAGUCCAUGAUUGACCUAUUCCUUAGAUGGUAAAAGCUUGAUGGUAAUGCAAUAAGUAACAGCAAUGUGGUCAUCAUGUCUAUAUUGAUAUGAUCACCUUUACCUCGCCAUCAUCAUGGUGGUUUACAGAACUUUUACAACUGUUUCUUUCACAUUAUUGUCAUCAAUCCUCUAAAUUGUCUCCAUUUAAUAAAAACCAAAACAUCCCUCUGUUAUGAUUGAAUUUCUGAAACAAUAUGAGCAAGCAUUGAUUCAUGUUAAAUGAUGGACAUUAGAGGCAAUAUUAACAAUAGAUUAGAAUGUAAAAAGUCCAGGAGAGUAGACAACUCCCAUCCCUCCAGAGGUUUCAUAUCUCACAGUUAAAAUCAUACCUCAUGAUCGGUGUCAUACCUCGUAGCAGUUGUAUACUAUCUCACAGCAUUUCCGAUGUCUCAUGGCAUGUGUCAUACCUCCAGGUAUUUGUCAAACCUCAAAGCAGAUGUCUAGCCUAAUGACAGAUGUCAUACCUCACAACAGGAGACAGGAGUAGUCAAACCUUGUAUCAGGUGUCAGAACUCAUGAUAGAUGUCAUACUUCAUGACGGGUGUCCCACCUCAUGACAUUUGUCAUACUUUGCAACGGAUAUCACACCUAACAUCAGGUGUUAUGUGUCAUUCCACCAUGACAGUGGGUUUGUGGUGCACUCCAGGAAAUGAUUAUGACAAAUAUGUUGUAGAAAUGAUUAUGUAUCAUAAAUAAGUGCUUUAGUUGUUGUUGUAGAGUGUUGCAAAAUACCAUAAGAUCAAAAUACCUUUCUUUUUGCCACCUCUGAUCCAGUACCUGGAGUGUUCGUUUAGUGUUACUGUAGUAACCAUGUUAUAUAUAUAUAUAUAUACAAGAAACAUGUUGUAGAAACAAAUACAUAUAUAUGGAGCUCUGUUUUGCUUCUAAUUUUCCUUCUUUUUUUUUUAAAUUUUUUUUGCUUUUCCACCCAUAGUUACCUAAAUGUCCCUUAAAUGUAGUGUUCUUGGCCUAAUAGGGAGAGAAGAAUGUUACGGUAGAGUUAACACAUCUGCUAAGGCCCUCAGAAGUAAAAUUCAAUUGAUGUAUAAUGCUCUUGUCCACCCACAUCACUGCAACCUUUCUCUUCCUUCGCAAUACUUCUCAAUACUCGCCCCUCACUAAUUGUAACCCCAUGUGUUCUAGUCCUGGGUAUAAUUUCAUCAAAAUUACUUUCCUGUAUAAUAAGUAUGUGCCACUGAAAUCACUUAAGUUUGAAAUAUAGAUGUAUGAUAUAUAUUUUUUUUAAUUUGUGUUAUCAAGGUUUAGCAGAAAUUAUACAGUUGUGACAGUACAUUGGAUGUAAUUUUUUUUU